CCACGUACAGUCAAUGACGAUCAGUGUCGGGUACCAUUCGACGCGUGCCAGUUCAUUUACUCUGUCCAUCACCAUGCAACCUGCGGCGAUGCGUACCACUGCAGUACCCCUCCUGCUGAGCCUAUGCAUGCGCUUUUGUUGAUUACAAGCGGUGCCGGUCAAGGGGUUCCCCCCAAUCCUUGCCCGUCGGUGUUUCAGUACCAAACGGGAGCGAAUGGGGAGGUUUACGGACAUAUUCAGAUCCCGUACGAUGGUAGUACUACGCUUAACUUGGGGGUGAAUGUUUCUAUGAAGGGGUACUAUAUAGAUAAUCAGCGUGUGAGCUUAAGGAUUAAGUUGAACACUCCUGGCCAGGAUCUCAUCCAACAAAGUGUGAGGACGCUGAGCUACAACGUGUACUUUCCUUUUCAACAUACCAUUCCUAGAAUCACAAGGAUCGUGUACAACAACAAGCAGUAUUGUUCCGGGCCUUCAGAAUUACUUGUUCCUGGUGAACCAGGAGUUACCAGUUUAUGGGCUGGUCACAAAUACUUCUUCCAUGUAUCUAACAGAGUUGGACCAAUUCCAAUAGAGCCAGAGACUUCAGUAGAAAGCCUUCCUGAAAUUUCUCAAAUACCAGUCGUAGAACCAACUACCGAGAGGCCCAAAUACAAACCUAAACCCUCUGUAACCAUACUAAAUAAUCCUUUCCUGAAUAACGAGAUCCAAAUAAAAGGAGGAGACAAAGAAGAUGAAACUAGUGGUCCGCAAUGCGGUGUGUCCAGAACGGCGAUAGUACCUUUGAUUCUGGGAGGUGAUGAUAUCACCGAUGGAAUGUUUCCGUGGUUGGCAGCCAUGUUUGUGGCUAAGGGACUCGGGUUCGAGUACAAGUGCACGGCAAAUUUGAUCUCCAAUAAACAUGUAAUAACAGCUGCACGUUGUAUACAAUAUUACAAAGUACAAAUCAUAAAAACAGAAGAUAUGUUGUUCGUAUUUGGAAAGAGUAAUAUCCUGAAAUGGGCUACAAAUGGAGCUGUAACAAGAGGAGCUACGAAAAUAUCCACACAUCCUGAUUUUGAUCCAAACAAUGCUCAUGCGGAUCUAUCGAUUGUAACGCUGAACAGACCUGUGGAAUUUUCAAAUAUGAUUACUCCAAUUUGUUUAUGGGAGGGUGGCAACAGUAUCGACGAUAUAGUAAAUAAAAAGGGCACUGUAGCUGGCUGGGGAGUUGACGAAGAAACACAAGGAACAAAAACAUUAUCAGUUCCUGUAGCAAAAUAUCUGGACAUGCCCGUAGUGACCCAAGAAAAAUGCUUGUAUUCAAAUUUGACCUACUAUUCUAUCACAUCUGAAGAAACGUUCUGUGCAGGAAAGAGAGACGGUAAUGGUCCAUGUGUAGGAGACAGCGGUGCCGGAUUUAUGAUGCUGAAAAACGGAAAAUACUAUUUAAGAGGUUUGGCAUCGCUGGUUCUGAGCGACGCUGACAAAAAGUGCGACCUAGCAAAUUACGUAGUGUUUUGCGAUGUUGCCAAAAUGCUUGGCUGGGUGAAACAAUCUAUGAGCUGAAAUAAUAAGAAAUAAUCUAUUUUUUAAUAUAAUGAUUUACAUCUGCUGGCUGUUUUAGAUAUAAAAUAUAAUAUUUUAGCAUAAUUUUAUAUGAUAUACUUAAGUAAUAAAUAAAAAAAGAU